CAAGAUUGAAUUUCUUCAAGUUUAUAACCUAGGACACUUAAGAACUUGGAUUUGAGUUCACAGGAUGGUUAUACAUAAAAUAAAGAUCAAGUGCUCACAAGGUUAAAUUUCCGGAAAGCCCUCCUGGACAUAAGACAAAGGCGGGGUGUAAAACGAAAACAAAAGUAGUCUGAGUUAGAGAGCUCAUUUGAUCUUACUCUCUGCACUCAAGACUGCUCCUGUCUGCCUACAGAAACAGAUUGGAGCCAUGGCUUUGGAACACAACCAGUCAACAGAUUACUAUUAUGAGGAAAAUGAAAUGAAUGACACUCAUGACUAUAGUCAGUAUGAAGUGAUCUGCAUAAAAGAAGAGGUCAGAAGAUUUGCAAAAGUCUUCCUGCCUGCCUUCUUCACAAUAGCUUUCAUCACUGGACUUGCAGGCAAUUCCAUAGUAGUGGCGAUUUAUGCCUAUUACAAAAAGCGGAGAACCAAAACAGAUGUGUACAUCCUGAAUCUGGCAGUGGCAGAUUUACUCCUUCUAUUCACUCUGCCUUUUUGGGCAGUGAAUGCAGUUCAUGGGUGGGUUUUAGGGAAAAUCAUGUGCAAAGUCACUUCAGCCUUGUACACAGUCAACUUUGUCUCUGGAAUGCAGUUUCUGGCUUGUAUCAGCAUAGACAGAUAUUGGGCGGUAACUAAAGCCCCCAGUCAAUCAGGGGUGGGGAAACAAUGCCGGCUCAUCUGUUUCUGUGUCUGGAUGGCGGCCAUCUUGCUGAGUAUACCUCAGCUGGUUUUUUAUACAGUAAAUCACAAGGCUAGGUGCAUUCCCAUCUUUCCAUACCACCUGGGAACAUCAAUAAAAGCAUCAAUUCAAAUGCUGGAAAUCUGCAUUGGAUUUGUAAUACCCUUUCUUAUUAUGGCAGUGUGCUACUUUAUCACGGCAAAGACACUCAUCAAGAUGCCAAACACUACAAAAUCUCGGCCCCUCAAAGUUCUGCUCACAGUGGUCAUAGUUUUCAUCGUCACUCAGCUGCCUUAUAACAUUGUCAAGUUCUGCCAAGCCAUAGACAUCAUAUACUCCCUGAUCACCACCUGCGACAUGAGCAAACGUAUGGAUGUUGCCAUCCAAAUCACAGAGAGCAUUGCACUCUUUCAUAGCUGUCUCAACCCGGUCCUGUAUGUUUUCAUGGGAACCUCUUUUAAAAACUACAUCAUGAAAGUUGCCAAGAAAUAUGGCUCCUGGAGAAGACAAAGACAAAAUGUGGAGGAGAUUCCUUUUGAUUCUGAAGAUACUACAGAGCCAACCAGUACUUUCAGCAUUUAAAUAUAAAACCACUCUGUCUUGCUUCGAUACACAUGAACGAUGCUUCUCAGAUCAAACAUCUGCAUUUUUCUGAAAUUCAAAUCUCAAACACUGUGGUGGCAACUUAUAAUAAAGAAGAGGUUGGAGUGGGGAAGUGGAGUGGGGUAGAAGCCAAGAAAAAGAGGAUGCAAAAUAAUAAAUGCAUAAAACAUGGAAAUUAAAAUUAACAAUAUAGGAAAAUCGUAGUAACAGUCAUACAUAAGAAAAAAACUAUAAGCUAGGUCAUCUAAAACAUUAUUAAAGAGGUUUAAAUUAAGGGGCAUUUAUAAUUAUUUUACAUUAUCUAAAUUUUAAUAUAAAAACAAUUUCCCUGCAUAUUGUUAGAAUUUGAAUAACUAUGCAGCAAAAUUUAAUGUCUUUCUUCUUGUUUCUUAAUUUUUAAGUGAUUUCAUAAAACUCCAGGAGAAAAACAAUUAGCAAUCAAAAAAAAAAAACAUAAAAAGCUUU